GUGCCGAGCCGGCUUUUCACUCAGCUCCCGCGCCGGGGGCGACGGAGGCGCCGGCGCCCGAGUCCAGUCCCAGCCAGCGACCGUCCCCCUGGGUCUGACAGGCUGGCCCUAGAUCGUGCAGGCAUCCCCGGAGCGGGCGGUUGCCGAAGGCGUCGAGCUGGGAGGGCGCUUGGACACUACCGUUCCGGCGGCGAGGAGCUCUGCCAGCUCUGGUGACCUUGGGCCGGGCUGGGAGAGCUGCGACGGGAGCCGGGGACGAUGAGCCGCCGGUGCGCGGUGCCCGGAGCCCAGCCCUGCCCGGCGCCGCCCCGCAGCUCUGCGCGCCACCAGGUGCCCAGAACUUUGGGCACCGCCUCCGGGACCCCCUGGUGGCCAGCGGGCAGGAUGGUGCCUGCCUCCUGACCCUUGGUGCCCGUCUGCUGAUGUGCCCUGGCUUGUGCCUGCCAUGCCGCCCUCCAUCUCGGCCUUCCAGGCCGCCUACAUUGGCAUCGAGGUGCUCAUCGCCCUGGUCUCUGUGCCCGGAAACGUGCUGGUGAUCUGGGCAGUGAAGGUGAACCAGGCGUUGCGGGAUGCCACCUUCUGCUUCAUUGUCUCGCUGGCGGUGGCUGAUGUGGCUGUGGGCGCUCUGGUCAUCCCGCUAGCCAUCCUCAUCAACAUCGGGCCACGGACCUACUUCCACACCUGCCUCAUGGUCGCCUGCCCGGUCCUCAUCCUCACCCAGAGCUCCAUCCUGGCUCUGCUGGCAAUUGCCGUGGACCGCUACCUCCGCGUCAAGAUCCCCCUCCGGUACAAGACGGUGGUGACUCCCCGGAGGGCGGCCGUGGCCAUCGCCGGCUGCUGGAUUCUCUCCUUCGUGGUGGGUCUGACGCCCCUGUUCGGCUGGAACCGGCUCGGGGAGGUGGAGCGGGCCUGGGCAGCCAACGGCACCGAGGGCGAGCCCGUGAUUGAGUGCGAGUUUGAGAAGGUUAUCAGCAUGGAGUACAUGGUCUACUUCAACUUCUUUGUCUGGGUGCUACCGCCGCUGCUGCUCAUGGUCCUCAUCUACCUGGAGGUCUUCUACCUGAUCCGCAAGCAGCUCAACAAGAAGGUGUCGGCCUCCUCUGGUGACCCGCAGAAGUACUACGGGAAGGAGCUGAAGAUUGCCAAGUCGCUGGCCCUCAUUCUCUUCCUCUUCGCCCUCAGCUGGCUGCCCCUGCACAUCCUGAACUGCAUCACGCUCUUCUGCCCUUCCUGCCAGAAGCCCAGCAUCCUCACCUACAUUGCCAUCUUCCUCACCCACGGCAACUCGGCCAUGAACCCCAUCGUCUAUGCCUUCCGCAUCCAGAAGUUCCGGGUCACCUUCCUUAAGAUUUGGCAUGACCAUUUCCGCUGCCAGCCCACACCCCCCGUUGACGAGGACCCCCCCGAAGAGGGGCCCCACGACUAGACUCCACCUUCCGAUCCUGCCUGCCCACAUCGGGGGCAUCUCAGCCCAGUCCCACCUCCCCACUGGUCCCGCUCUUGAGCCUUCCUGGCUGGGCUGUGGGGUGUGGG